AUGACGGACGACGAUGCUGAGGCGAGGCGAGGCGCGUCUGCCGGGGUCCACUUUCGCGCCGCUCAAUCCGGGGCACCGCCGCUCCUCUCUCCUGACCCGCCCGGCGACGCCAUUCGUCGACAUGCAGACUUGACAGCCACUUUGGCCAAUCACAUCAAGACCUUUUAUGACGGACGGGAGACUGAACCAAUUGGGAUUCGGACCAGUUUCCGGCCAGCGAGAAAAUUCCUCCCAGUGGUCGAGGCGGGGAUUCAUCAACAAUUAAGCACCGGCGCCGCGCUCCGAUUGGCCCGAGCCGGUCCGGCGUCCUACAAAGAGCGCGCGAGCAGCCGCCAGCGUCACACCUUCCUCCUCCUGGUCGUCGUCCCCGGCGAAGAUGUGGAGGAGGCGGCGGCGGCGGGGGCGCCGCGGCGCGCCCGCUUCUCCUCCAACGGUCCCGCGGACGUGGCGCGAUGCCUGAACGGCGCGGUGGCGGUGGGCUGCGGCUUCUUCUCCUGCCUGGAAAACUCCACGUGCGACACGGACGGCAUGCACGAGAUCUGCGAGCUCUUCCUGCACGCCGCCGCCACCUUCAACACCGAGGGCAAGACCUUCGUGAAGAAGAGUCUGCACUGCGUGGCUCAGGGGAUCGGCAGUAAAGUUUUCCAGACCAUCCGCCGCUGCAACAUCUUCCAGAGGAUGAUCGCCGAGGUCCAGGAGGAAUGUUUCGUGGCGCACGACAUCUGCGCCGUGGCGCGCGCCAACCCGCGGGCGUUCGCCGACGUCGUGCAAGUGCCCGCGCGCUUCCCCAACAGGUACUACAGCACGCUGCUGCAGACGCUGCAGGCGUGCGACGAGCAGACGGUGGCGGCGGUGCGUUCGGGCCUGCUGGGACGUUUGGGCCCCGACAUGGAGACCUUCCUGCAGAUGGUCCAGAACAAAGAGUGCGACGCGGGCCAGGCCGCCGCCCCCUUCGACGACCCGUCCAGCUGGAGGAACGUGCCCGUCUUCAACAUCCAGCCCGGCUUCCGGGGUCGCGACCCCACCCACCUCUUCGCCCGCAAGCGCUCGCUGGAUGAAAAGGAGGCGGGGCCCGCGCCAGUAGACCCCAGACCGCACCCGUGAUUUCCUUUCUU